AUGGCAGAGUAUGACGAAGAAGAGAAUCCUUUUGCGAAUAUAGAUGGGUACAUCGAGGACACAAAUGUCAUUGUCCCUCCGCGAGUUGAUGCUACUACCUUCAAGGUGGAACAUGGGAAAUUUUACAUGGGUUUGGAUCCAUUGAACCAAUCGAUAGCCAAAAAUGCGGCGGAUGGGUCUUUCAUGGACAAAACAUUCCCAAGGAUUACAAAGAUUCUAGACAAGAUGGCCGAGCACAACCAAGCUUGGCACUUGGAAGAUACCACGGGUGGAAUUGCAUACGGUACUCCCUCAAUGACCAACAUGAUUAAGGAGAACCAAGAGAGAGACCAAGUGAUUACUGGGCUUGCCACCAACAUUAAUGUGUUGACCAAGAUGUUCACGGAAAGUCAGACUAAGAAAGUAAAUGUUGUGGAAGAUAUGCAACCCAUGGUGAAUCAAGAGUGCGAGGAAGCAAACUUUGUCCAUAAUUCUCAAGGUGGUUAUCGCCAACAAAAUCAAUGGAGGCCUAACCCGAAAAGGCAAGGCCAUCAACAGUGGCGCAAUGAUCAAGGUGGAUCAAGUCAAGGUAAUUGGAGCAACAACAACAACAACUAUGCAAACCAGAGUUCAAACCCCAAUGUUCCACCAAAGGGGCAAUACUCUAACUCCUCUCAUUAUAAGGAAGGUUCUUCAAGUGAGUCCAAGUUGGAGGGCAUGCUUGAAAGAAUAUUGAAAAAUCAAGAAAGAGGCGACAAUACAAUGAAAAAUAUGGCCGAACUUGUGGGGUCACACACCGCAUCCAUACAAAAGCUAGAAAUGCAAAUGAGAGAUUUGUCAAGAGAGCAAAAUCCAAAGCUAAAGGGCACACUCCCAAGUGACACAAUUGCAAACCAUAAAGGUAAUGGGAGUGGUCCAACUUCUCAUUACAUGGCAAUUACCACACGAAGCGGGAAGGUACUUCAAGGAGAAAAUGAACAAAUUGUUGGAGUAGAUGAUCUUGAGCAAGAGUUUGAGGCACAAGUUGAAGUGCCGAUUGUUGUUGAAGUUGAAAAGCUCCCAAAAAAAGUGAAAGUCCAAGAAGCAAAUCAUGAAAAGAUAAAGGAAAAGGUGAAAGAGGCACCAAAAGAUCUAGCACUAAUUCCUAGACCUUCCCCUCCGUUUCCUCAAAGACUUACUAGGAGGGUUGAUGAUAGCAAAUUCGAGAAAUUUUAUGACAUUCUCAAGCAAUUGUCGGUGAACAUACCAUUUGUGGAAGCCUUUCAAGAGAUGCCGUGUUUUUCUAAAUACUUAAAGGACUUGAUAACCAAGAAAAGAACCACCAAGAAUGAAGUGGUGAAUGUGACUCACCGGGUUAGCUCCAUUAUUGCAACAACCACCAUUAAAAAUAAAGAAGACCCGGGAGUAUUCACCAUUCCAUGCACUAUUGGCUUGCGAGAUUUUGCAAGAGCUCUUUGUGACAAUGAGGCUAGCAUUAACUUGAUGCCUCUUGCUAUUUACAAGCAAGCAGGGUUAAGCAUGCCGAGACUUACAAGCAUGAGGUUGCAAAUGGCCGAUCGUUCAAUCAAAAGACCAGUGGGAAUUAUUGAUGAUGUCCUAGUGAAAGUGGAAAAGUUCCUCCUUUCGGCCAAUUUUGUGAUCCUUGACUGUGUCGUUGACAAAGAAAUCCCUAUCAUCUUGGGAGGCCAUUCCUUGCUACUGGAAGAGCACUUAUGGAUUCGGAACGAAAUGAAAUCAAGUUCUGAGUUAAUGAUGAAGAGGUCACCUUCCAAGUAA